CUCUCUUGGCCCCACGUUGGGGCCAAGUAAAUGUUUCUUCUUUCCACCAGAGAAUCAACCGGGUUUGCCAAUUCCAUGGCGAAAAACUCGUCGUCCUUUUUUGCACAUUUUACCCGACAAGUGCUGGUGACCAAGUAGCGAUACGACCUCCGGCUGUUAUUGUCUCAGAAAAGAACAAGUUGCAAUGCAUUACCAACCUAUCCAUCGGUGUUGUUGGGGCUUCCUUCGAAACUCCCGAGCAGCCACGGCCUUAAGUCUCCUGCGUCAACGCCAACCUCGCGUGCAAACUCUUCGCCGAAAGGAUUUCUUACUGUCGCGAGAAUUUCAUUCGACACGGGAAGUAUGCAGUUUUUCUACGUCGGCUACAACAUUGAAGUUUAAGGAGGGACAAGAAGUAGUAGUCAAUUUAGCACGAAAUGAGGGAAUGAGAUCAACGGAUGUAAAGGUUGGUGACCACAUUUUUCUCGAAGAGGACAAUUCAAGUACGACAAACUUGCCGGCGGUUGUACAGGGGACAAUUUACGCUUGUAAUUCUGCAGAGGAGUUACUGAAGAUUUCCUCCAGGCAAUCCCUCCUUUUGAAACAUGCCUGCUUGAUACUACACCGGCUAGGACAAUUGUCUGAAAACGACAAAUCACCAAAGUUUGACUUGCUGCUGAAGGAUGAAAGAUUUGUCAAGAUGUGCAACCUGAUUCAAAGAGCGGAUUAUUCACAUAACCCACAUUUACUUUUCGCAGCACUUCAUGGCCUUCAGAAACUGGGAGCUUUGGAGUCUUCAGAAAUCUAUCAAAAGUUGUAUAUGGAGUUGAAGUGGGGAAUGCGUCGAUGCCAGAUACGAUAUCUCAUUCGUUCUAUCGCCAUGUUUGCCCAUACGAUUGUUCAACCUUCUCCAGGAAAUAAGUCGACCGACGCAGUCGCUCUAAGCGAUAGCAAGAUUGACAUUGUCGAAUUGGCAAUUCACACCAUACAAAGGCGUUGGGUUGAAAUUGUGUCUGGACAAGAUUUCAAUUCUAGUUUCAAAAUAUUCCAAUUUUUGGAUGAAGAGACUCGAGGAAAGCUGGAGGACAGAGCGGUUGAAAUGGUCCCAACUUUCACUCCAUCCGAAAUGCGGCAGUUAUUUGUCUCAAUCGCUGGCCAGAAACGUCGUCCAACUCCACUUUUAAGAACUCUAGCAUUUCACUUUGCAAAAUGUGUCGAUUCGUCAAGUGCCAAAGAUCUAAUUGAGUUGAUAUAUGCUUUAAAUGAACUAACUUUUGCUGACCCGGUUUUAAUGGAAAAUAUACUGAGCAACCUUUGCCCUGAGGUUCCCACAAUACAAAAUCCUGCCUUGAUUAGUUCAUUGGUUACAAGUAUAGGUCAAAUUAGAUAUAAACAUAAAGCAAUAAUGCGAAUUUUGAAUGAAUGGAUGGUUCAACAUGUAAAAAUACUUCGCCCCUUCGAUUGUGCUGCUUGGCUACUUACUUGUGCAGUAUUAAAUCAUUCUACGGAAAAUACAAAAAUGUUGUGCGAACAUUUCAAAGCAGUUCUAUCACCAAAGACUUCCUCUGGUCAUGUCGAAUGGAUCAACAUUGUUCAUUCUCUCCUUGUUCAUAAUUCCCACACGAAUGAACUCCUGGCUUCUGUGUUAUCUCCGGAAGUUAUUACAAGCAUUGAAAAUAUGGGAUUGAAAAGCAGUAAAUCUAAAAUAAAGCUACUCAACAUUAACGCUACGGCAAGACAUCAAGCAAAAUCCGGUUACAAAGGUCCAUUUCUUACUGAGAAAACGGAAUCUCAAUGGGCUUCUACAAAUUUAAGUACCAGUGAUAAAAAACUAGCUGGCAUCGCACUAGACACGAUGAGUAGCUUCCUCUCUCCUGAAAAGUAUUUAACAUUAAACCAAAAGCUCCCAUGUGGCGUCUUUGCUGAUGCUAUUUGCAUGCUGAACAAAAAUAAGGAGCCAGUUUCUCACAUGGAGAGUAAACGAAACAAAACCACACCUUAUCAACCUGCUGCACUUGUUAUCGAAGGUUAUGCAGCCAUGACCCUGGGCUGCAAGGAACCCACUGGACAAACCGUUUUGAAUCGAAGCUUGUUGGAGAAGGAGGGCUACAUAGUUAUAACGAUCCCUUACACUGAGCUAAGUCAGUCUGAAAAACUGAUUAAGCGUGCUAAAUAUCUAGAACAAAAACUUAAAGGAAUAACAGACUCGAUUACUUCAGCAUAAGGAUAAUAGAUAAUUUAUUAUGUUCAGUAGCAUAUUUUUAUGUCAGAGGUUUUCUCUAGUCCACAGUUGAGAUCACGAUAUAUAUAAACAACAGGCAAAUUUUUAUAUACUUGUUGUGAAACGACUAUUAUUAUAUAAAUAAGUUGUCAAUAAAGAACCAUCAAUACGUUGUUUUAUA